UAAACUCUACAGGGGCGUGGCUCUGAUUUCCAACGUGCUGCUAGUGUCUCUGUCUAGUAUGUUAUGACACCGCUCUUGAGUGUAAACCAUAGACUGUAUUAAAACAGUGCAAACGAGUGAAAUCGUAACGAUGUCUCUUUACCGAAACACAGUCUGGUUCCUGAAGGGUCUACAAGAGUAUACGAAGGGCGGUUAUGAGUCCGCGGCGAGGAGCUUCGUCGAGGCGGAUCUGGAGGUGAGUGUGAGCGGCCGCUCGUUCAUCAUCACCGGAGCGAACAGCGGCAUCGGGAAAGCCGCCGCCUGCGAAAUCGCCAAAAGAGGUGGGACAGUACAUCUCGUGUGCAGAAAUGAAGAUCGUGCAAAUGAGGCAAAAAAAGACGUUGUGGAACAAAGUAAAAAUGAGAAUGUCCACGUUCACUUAGUAGACAUGUCCAACCCAAGGAAAGUGUGGGAGUUUGCUAAUGGAUUCUCUCAGAAUCACAAUCUACAUGUUCUGAUCAAUAAUGCAGGUUGCAUGGUCAAUCAGAGAGAACUGACUGAGGAUGACCUGGAGAAAAACUUUGCCACAAACACACUAGGGACAUAUAUACUGACAACAGCACUGAUUCCUUCCCUGAAGAAGUCUGAGAAUCCCAGAGUGAUCACUGUGUCAUCUGGUGGGAUGCUGGUUCAGAAGUUAAAUGUAGAGGACCUUCAGUUUGAGAAAGGCUCUUUUGAGGGCACCAUGGCCUAUGCACAGAACAAGAGGCAACAGGUGAUCAUGACCGAGCAAUGGGCAGCUCAGCACAAAGACAUCCAUUUCUCCUGCAUGCACCCCGGCUGGGCAGACACCCCAGCGGUGCGGUCAUCAAUGCCAGAUUUCUAUGCAAAAAUGAAGAAUAAACUCCGUACUGAAGCUCAAGGGGCCGACACAGUGGUGUGGCUGGCCAUAUCAGAGACUGCCAGCAGACAGCCCAGCGGCCUCUUCUUCCAAGACAGGAAAGCGGUUUCCACACAUCUGCCUCUGGCCUCCUCCAGGUCUUCUCCAGAUGAAGACCAGAAGCUGAUGAGCAAGUUGGAGGAGCUCGCUGUCAAAUUCAAGUGUUAAUCGGUUUGGUUCUAGACCAACUCCAGAGAAGCCAUCAUUCCACACACUGAAUGUUAUAUUCAUUCUUAAUAACGCUUAGAACUACAGAGACGUGAAAAGUUCAUGUAUACUAUGACAAAAAGACUAACCAAAACAACCUCAAAUGUUUACAAUAUUUAAAACCUAUUGUUUAUGCUUCAAACAAAUACUCUCUUAACCAUUUUUUAUUAUACUAGACAACUUUUGCAAUAUGUAGAUAGCAGAUUAUUUUAUUCUUAAUUUUAAAACUGCUAUUAAAAAAAAGACAUCAGUACUCAACAGCUAAGAACAAGCUAUACAGCACUACCUACAACUUGUAUUCAAAUUAAACAUAUAAUAAAUGUGAAGAUAAAUAUUAAGAAAUAUUCUACACCUGCCUCUUCCAAAUUAGUUUAUAGUUAACCAGCCAAUUAUUAACUAAAAAAAUGACUGUUUUAAUUUUUUGUCAAUUUGUUGCUGCUGACAUGAUUCUUAAUUAAAGAUAAAAAUGAACAAUUA